AGUCGUACAUUUUGAGGUUAAGUCGGGAGUGAUUUGUAUAUUUUCUUUGAUUUUUCUUUGCAUUACUGGAAAAUGUCAUCAUAGUCGUCUUCAGAAAACGAAUAAUUACUGUGGAGAGAUAGUAGUGACAGUGAAUCUUCGUCUGAUACAUCAGAAGAUGAAUUAGCAGGAAGGUUACAAAACAGAAUUUUUAGAACUGCUAGAAAUUUUAGAGCCCGUGUUGAUCACUUUACCAGAUGGAAUGAAGAUGAAUUCAGAUUAAGAUUUCGUCUUAGCAAAAACACCGUAAUUAUGUUGAAGGAAAGAAUAAGGGACAAUAUCGCCCCAAAUACAGAAAGGAAUCACGCAUUAAUAUCAAUGCAACAGUUACUGCUGGUAUUACGAUUAUGUGCUACAGGAUCUAUGCUACAAACAAUUGGUGACUUUGGUGGUAUACACAAAUCGACUGCCAGCCAGGUUGUCAAGAAGGUGAUACACUCUAUUGUAACAUUAGCUCCAGAAUAUAUAAAAAUGCCCAGAACACAGCAAGAAAUGCAGAGUAUAGAAAACAAAUUUUACAACAUUGCAAGAUUUCCUCGGUUACGGAACCUAAAAGUUCUCAAGCGAUUGAAAAACCUCGGCCUCAGUGAGGUACCAUCAAUAUUGUUGGUUGAGGACAAACAGAGGAUUAACUCAUAUGUAUGGCCCCCCUUAGCUGUUCUCUUCAAUAAUUCACCUGUUGUACUUCAGUAUAGAGCACCCGCGUCGAAUUAUAGCUUUGUAGAUAAGAUAUACACUACGCCCAGUCUCGAUACCUACCGUGGGGAGCAAAUGGGUAUAGGUAUUGUGUACCUAUUAUACACAGAUACAGAUACAUGCAUAAAUCAAUUUGCUACGGAUGUGGGGGAAAGGACAUAA